ACAGUAUAUACUAUAGUGUAUAUACACACACUGUAAAACUAUUUACAUUAAAUAUGGUCUGUAUGUGUUUUGACAGGGAUAUGGAGGACUGUAGGACCCAGAGGAUGCCAGCCAUUAGGAGGAGGAAAGCUGAAGAACUGUAGGCACUCCUGACCCACCCCAAAGCAAGGGAGGAGAAGUUAAACUGCAUUCCUUCCAUCAAGAGUCCUGCUUCUGCCUUCUACGGUUUAAGAAGAAAAACUGCACUCCUGUGUGCUGCACAUGUCGGUGUCUAUGUGCGUGUGUGUCAGUUAAGCAGGACAGAGUGCGAGCUCAGUGAGGCGUGUGUGUUUGAUUUCUCCUGCCUUCAUGUUUGUUUUCAGAAAGCAUUAGCAAGGUGGAGUCGUGUGAUCAAAUCAAACAAGAGCAGACGUCCAAGAGGAACGUCAAGUGAGAGCAGAAUGUCUUCUCCAAAGCAGCAGCAGGACACUGUCUCCAGCGUUGCAGCCACAGUGUCCCCUGAGUCCUGGUCCAAAGUUAGCUGUCCGUGUUGUGUGACAUCUGAGAUAGAGCCUCUGGUUCUGAUUCAGCUAGCUGAGACUGUGGACUCCAGCACCAAGCAGUGGAUCAUGGCCAUGAUCUCAGCAUCUCAUAAGGCAGGAGGGGCACAUCUAAUGGUACACCCUGGCGAAGAUGCCAGUUGGGGUCGGAUAGCGGUUGCGGCGCCUCGCUGUACUUUACUUAAGGCCACAGAAGAGCUGGGACUCUGCAAAGCCGACAAAGAGGGAAAUAUGAUCGUGUUUACCUUUCAUGACCGUAACAACUUUGAUAACAUCGAUAACAUGCAGAAAUUUCUGACUCUGGCUGAGAGACAAUACAUCGUCCAACAAGAGCUGGAGUCCAUGAGAGCCGUGAAAGAGCAGCGCAUCCCUGGAAUACCUGGAGACAAGGGCAUCCUUAAAGCCAGACAGAACAUAUUUCAGAAGCUGAAGAAGGCUGGAGUGAUUCAGGACGUUUUCCCCCUUUGUGAUGAGAAGACGCUAAAUGCUCUUGGCAAAGAGUGGUAUUUGCAGAAACGUUUAUGGGGACAGCCUUUAGAUGCCAUUCAUGCGUACUUCGGUGGCUCCAUUGCUUACUACUUCAGCUUCUUAGACUUCUACACAUGGGCUCUGGUACCUCCAGCAAUUCUGGGCCUCUUAAUAACGUUCUUCCUUCCCGGAACCCCACCACUUAACGAAUCUAAAGCAGACAAUUCAACCUCUGGCUCGAGUUCCUCAGAUGAUCAUCUGUCUGUGAGCAGCCACAUGGUGCAGGCUGUGUUCAGCAUGAUCUGGUCUACCGUGUUCAUGGAGCUCUGGAAGAGACGAAGCGCCGUGUUAUCAUACCGCUGGGGAACACUGACCCUGACGGAGCAUUUCCAGGACCCGCGGCCUGGUUUCCAGGGCGAGCUGGGAAUCAAUCCCGUGACCGGCAGAAAAGAACCACUCUUCCCCGAUUGGCAGAGGCAGAAGCGGAUUGGCUUGGUUUCCAUGCCUGUGGUGGGGCUUUUUCUUGGAUUUGUCGUCCUCGGCAUGUGGGGAUUUUAUUUAUGUGAAAGCACCAUGGCUUCAUUUCACAAGGCCUAUGGAUCAAUUAUAACAGCCACGUUGUCCUACCUGCCCUCCGUCAUACACAUCGUCUACACCAACAUGCUGGGGAAUGCCUACCGCACUGUUGCGCUGAAGCUCACUGAGUGGGAGAACCACAGAGAAGAAUCAUCUUUUCAAAAUCAUCACACAGCUAAAGUUUUGGUGUUUACCUUCUUCAACAACUUUGCGGUGCUGUUCCACAUCGCCAUCUUCAAACAAGACCUGCACCUCCUACGCAAGAGGCUGUCAUCACUGCUGAUCUUGUCCCAGCUGGUGAACCAGUUCACGGAGGUGGUGGUGCCGUAUAUCGUCGACCGCUUCUACAGCUCCUCACAGAAUGAGCUGAAGGAGGAUGACCCAGCCGCUGAUCACAUGCAGGCUGAAGGCAGUCUGCCCCCAUUUCCUGGUCUGUUCCUGGAGUACAUUGAACUGCUGGUGCAAUUUGGUUAUCUCAGUCUAUUUUCCUGUGUGUAUCCGCUCACGGCCGUGCUUCUGCUAAUUAACAACAUCACAGAGAUCCGCGGUGAUGCCUACAAGAUCUGCCGCCUCUUCAGAAAGCCCUUCUCUCCCCCUGAGGCCAGCAUAGGCGUUUGGCAGGUAGCAUUCGAGACACUGGCAUUUGUCUCGGUCAUUUCGAACUGUUGGCUGCUGUUUUUAGCUCCACGAAUCAGAGCGUUUACUCUGGACGCCGGACUAAACCUGAGCACUGUGCUGAUAUUUUUCAUCCUGGUGGAGCACGUGUUGAUUGUGGCAAAACUGAUUCUGGCCUUUAUUAUUCCUGACGAGCCAGACUGGAUCCAAAUCAAGAAGCAGCAGAUUGAAUAUCGCACUAUGAAGGCACUGAAAGAGCAGAAAGUGAAGCAUUCCCCAGUCGCUGAACUCCCUCCCUCAUCACCCUGAGACAGCGGGAAACAGAGACACUGAGGUGUUGCAUCAGGACCGCUAGUUCAUUGCACCGUCAGCUUUAACGAUUAAGAACUUUUUAAGUUUGCUGUUGAAACGCGAGGUAUGGGGUGCCAGCUGGUACCACCUGUGGGAAAUUUUUAUUUUUUUUUAAAGAGAAAACAGACUGCUGUAGUAUAGAAAAAAAGGGGGUUUUAAAGGCAUGUGUUACAGGAUAUAAAAUACAGAACAGGACAGAUAGUCACAGUAAGUUAGUGAGGAAAAGUUAUGGAAAGUGCUAAAGAUAGUUUGCUAGCUCAUAAACACAACUUUGUGCUUAGAGCAUGCAUAAUACACAUAAGCUCAGGUGUGGUCAAAUUUUUUUUACAUUUUAUGGACAAAUGGCACAUACUGUACGCUCACGCAUCAUGCUAACACUGGCUGUCGACACUAAACGGAAGACAAGUCACACAACCCAAGUGGUACAAUCAUGUUUAUCAUAGUUGUGUCUCAAGUCACAUCAUAUAACCUCAUAGUGUACAUAAAAAGUGCUUUGUGUUGAUUUGUAUAUAAAGUAAGCUUUUAAAUAAGUGUAAAAAUGAUUCAGGCUAGAACAGUUUUAUUUAGGAAUAAAUUCUCCACACGCAUCACUUUUAGCCCUAUUCCAUCUGUUUUAUGGUUAUCUAUAAGGUAUUUGUACGUUGCUCUUCAUUUCAUUUGAUCAGUAAAUACAAUCCAACAUCUGACUAAUUUUACUGCGCUACGUUUCAUACAGUACUUCUCAGAGUAAAUACAUUAAUCUGUAAUGCACUCAUAACUAGUCUAGAAUAGUAUGUGAUUCGAGACACACUGUGUAUUUUGCACUUCAACCCUAUUGCACCUUUAUCAUCUAGCAAGCGAAGAUUUCUUUUUUCUUUUGCAGCAACGUCUGCUUAAACAGUAUAAGGUGUGUAGCAGCCACUCAAUGCCUUAUUGAUAUCCAGUUACUGCUGAGUGAUGCUUUAUUGUGCAGCUAUCAUGAAAAAAAUAAACCAAAGAGUGAGCAUUAUACCUUACCAAGAUGUUGUGCACUGUACUGAAAUAAAUAAAAAAACAUAUGCAACACAGACAUUCAUUUGGUUUACGUUUUAAUAAAUAAAUACAAAAAUAAAUUAAUCUCAUUGAGACAGAGUCAUUGUUUUAAUAAGGGUCAAUGGGACUCUAGACAUAGCCAGAUGUCAUUCUACCCCGUUCGGUAAACUGGAGACCCGAGACAAUGAGAAUGAAAAUGAAAAAAAAGAAAA